CAUAAAAUAUCAAUCAACAACCGAAAUACAGGGGCACGAUCGUCAACUUCCCCUAAAAAAACUUCCCCUUUAUCCAAAAACAAACACUCCAAACACCACCCUUGACCCCAUCCCACGUCACUUUCUCUCUCCUCAAAAAACCCCUCUUUCAAUGGCGAUGUCACGACCCUCCCAACCACCUCCGCCGCCGCAACAACCACCGCCGGCAGUCCGAUUAAACCUCGAAAUCACCAUUAUCUCCGGCAAACACCUCAAAAAUGUCAACUGGAAAAACGGCGAUCUCAAACCCUACGCCAUUUUCUGGGUCGACCCGGAUAACAAACUCACCACCAAAUCCGAUGAUUCCGGUAAUACCAAACCCGUUUGGAACCAGCGAUUCCUCUUACCCAUAACUUCCCCUCUUUCCGACGCUUUUCUCUCUCUUGAAAUCUUCCAUUCAAAAGCGUCGGAAACCCCUAAACCUUUUGUGGGUUCUCUUCAAGUUCGUCUUUCUACCCUACCCGAACCCGAUAACCGGAAUAUUAUUCGGACAUACAACGUUCUCCGACCUUCUGGUCGCCCCGAUGGUAAGAUCCGAUUAAAGCUUGCGAUAAAGGAUCAAGCUUUACCUCAGCAACCUCAACCUCAUAGUGGGUUGGAGUAUGAUUACCAAACUACCCCUCAUCCUGGGUAUUAUUACUCUUCUGCCCCUCCUUAUCCGUACAGUAGCUCCAGGUCAGCAUCCCCUGCUCCUCCACCGCCUCCUACGGCGUUUCCGUACUCUAUGGGGUACUACUCGGGGUACUUCCCUCAAAGUGGGGUCAGGUCUUAUGGGGCACCGUCUGCUCCGGUUGAUUACAGUCCUUAUGAGCAGAGGACGAGGACAAGUGGCGGUUUCGGGCUCGGUACCGGGUUAGCUGUUGGUGCGGUUGCUGGGGCGCUUGGUGGGAUUGCAUUGGAUGAAGGGUUUAAGUAUGAGCAAGAGAAGAUUGCUGAGAGGGUUGAUGAGAAUUAUCUGCCAAAAAAUGAUUUUAGUGAUUACCGUGGUGAAUAUUAGUGUGCAGGGAUAGUUAUGGCAUGAUGACUCUAUACAGUUUGGGGGGUAAGCUUGCUUGUUGUUCAUGGCUGUGUUUAAUCAGCUGGUUAUUGUGGUUUUAUUGCUUUGAUUAUGUUUUAUUAAACAGUUUGAAGGCCUUUGUGGAAUAAUUAAGUGUAUAUUGUACAUAGUUCUACUUCUACUUGACUUGUUUAAAUGGUAAUGUUAACCAUAGAAUUCCUGUUUUUAUGAUUUGAUACUCUUUAAUGUAUGACCGAGUUUCAGUAUUUCACAUGUUAUAAGAAUUGAUUGAUGGAUCA